GUCAUCUCUUUCUCUGUCCCUCACUCACUCACUCAUCCCGUGUUUCUUUCAAUGCACUCCCCUCUAUAACCUCUCCACUUGAAUUCCCACAUCAAUUUACUACUACAACAAGCCGGGCGGAUCGUUUAUGAUACUGAGUCUUCUAUAUCGUAUAUAAAACGGAUGUUGGUCGACUGAAAAUGGGGUGUUGUGUUUCCACAAGUAGCAAGAGUUCUUGUAGUAGCAUGAGUGAAGGAGAGACCGUUUCUCCACCCUCUUGUUUUGAACUCGCCAUGUGUUGUGGACAAAAAAGAACAAAAACAACGUUUUCCGACCAUGUGAGUGCCUUGCAGAAUAUAUCAUCCAUUGAAAACAGGAUUUUCACUAAUGGGAAAAGCCGGAGUUCUUGCAUAUUUACUCAGCAAGGGCGGAAGGGAGUAAACCAAGAUGCAAUGAUUGUGUGGGAAGAUUUCAUGGCAGAAGAUGUGACUUUCUGUGGAGUCUUUGAUGGGCAUGGACCUUAUGGUCAUCUUGUUUCCCGUAAAGUUCGUGAUACAUUACCAUUAAAAUUAUUUUCUUUUCUUGAUUCGCACGAGUCAAAGAAAAAAAAGUCUACUGGUACUAUUUGUUGCAGUCAGGAUUCUGCUUCAGAUGGAGCAGAUUAUGAGGUGGGAAUAAACGAUAAGUUGGACUCGAUAUAUAGAGAUGCCUUUUUGAAAUCGUAUAAAUCGAUGGAUAAAGAAUUGAGGUUUCAUCCCAGUUUGGAUUGCUUUUGUAGUGGCAGCACUGCUGUUACAAUUGUAAAACAGGGAUUAAAUCUUUACAUGGGAAGCAUAGGAGAUUCUCGGGCCAUCAUGGCGUCCAACGAUAGCAACAAUUCACUUGUAGCAGUUCAGUUAACUGUUGAUCUGAAGCCUGACUUACCAAGAGAGGCUGAAAGGAUUAAACGUUGCAAAGGUCGCGUUUUUGCUUUGCAAGAUGAACCGGAGGUGUCUAGAGUUUGGUUGCCAUUUGAUGAUGCACCAGGGUUGGCAAUGGCACGCGCAUUUGGAGAUUUUUGUUUGAAGGAAUAUGGAGUCAUAUCUAUUCCUGAAUUUUCUCACAGGGUCCUCACUGACAGAGAUAAAUUUAUCGUUCUUGCCUCAGAUGGGGUUUGGGACGUUUUAAGCAAUGAAGAAGUGAUUGAUAUAGUGUCAUCAGCUUCAACUCGGUCAUCAGCAGCAAGGAUCCUAGUUGACUCAGCUGCUCGUGAAUGGAAAACCAAAUACCCGACAUCCAGAAUGGAUGAUUGUGCAGUUAUAUGUUUAUUCCUGGAUGGUAAGAUGGAUUCAGAUUCCGACUGUGAAGAACAAGAUUUCUCUUCAGCAACCUUAGCAGGUGAAUCAGACGAUGGCCAAAACUCAGAGCCAUCACUGCAGAGAAACUGUACGGUAAGACCAUCCGAAGAGAACAAUGAUGGCUGUUUACCAAAAGUUGGUGAUGAGGAAACGGCUGUGGGAUGGGCAGGGUUGGAAGGCGUCACCCGAGUCAAUUCACUAGUCCAACUUCCAAGAUUUUCAGAAGAGGCACCAAGACCAUAGUUAUUUGUAUCUUUUGUUUAGUUAACGAUUUACGUCUGGUGUAGCAUGUAUGAUAAUUCUGUUCAUUGUAAGUAUCCGAUUAAAUUCCCUAACCAAUGAAAGUCUAUACUGACGGAAGUAUGCAACAAUGUCGAUUGUGUGGUUGGUAUUUAAUUAUUUUCUGCAACAA